AUGUCAAAACUGUGUGGUUUGAACGUAGUUCAGCUACGAGAAGAACUACAGAAACGAAGCCUUGUCACAAGUGGCAACAAAGAAGUACUAGUAGCACGUCUGAGAGAAGCUCUCAUUGACGAAGGUAAGAACCCAGACGAAUUCAAGUUUGAUGGUGCUGACGAAGACAAUGAAAUUAGCACAAGCACGUUUACAACCGCUAAAAUGAUGGAACUUCUGCUUAGUAUGUCAACUGAAAUAAAACAACAGUCCGAACGACAGACAGAAGAGUUAAAACAACAGAUCAAGGAACAGUCCGAACGACAGACAGAGGAGUUAAAACAAAUCAAACAGCAGUCCGAACGACAGUCCGAACGACAGUCCGAACGACAGACAGAAGAGGUAAAACAACAGAUCAAGGAACAGUCCGAACGACAGACAGAGGAGUUAAAACACGUAAAAUUGGAAGUGGCAGAACAGAUUGAAGAACAGUCAACAAGAAUAGAAAUGAUCGAGCAGAAACUUGAUCAUCAUGCAUCCGGAAGAACUUUGAAGGAACCAGCAUUUGACGGAGAGAUGUCCUGGAACGUUUAUAAAAUCCAGUUCGAAGCAGCGGCAACUAGUAACUGUUGGAACGGAAAAGAACGAGCAACAGCACUGAUACUGGCCCUGCGAGGUUCAGCAGCAGAGGUUCUUCAGACGAUUCCGGCGGAGAACCACUUCAACUAUGAAGUUCUGGUUAGCGCGUUGGAUUUACGUUAUGGUGAAGAACACAUGAAACAGAUUUAUCGAUCUCAGCUUAGAAACAGAACGCAACGAUCUGGUGAAUCCAUUCAGCAGCUGGCACAAGAUAUCGAACGGUUGACAUUGCUGUCGUAUCCGAAAUCAGACCCCGAGCAUAGAGACGAAACUGCCCUGGAUACGUUUAUCAAAGCCCUUCGUGAUUCGGAACUCAAGCAAUCCCUUCUCUUGUCAGAUAAACGAAAACUCAAGGAUGCCGUUGCGCACAGUCUCACUUUUGAAUCGGCAAAGCAAGCAUCAAAAAGUGACGUACGUCCACGCCAAGUACAUGAAGAAUGCUCUUGCCAGAAGGUGGUUGUGAAACGCGAACCUCAACAGCAUGGUGUACCCCAAUACUGGAUUUGGGGUGAAAAAAGCCAUCUACGUCGUGAUUGUAAACACCGCCUAAAAGAUAACUACUGCCUAAAUUGCGCAACAAGAUGGCGCAAAAGAAGAGAAGAUGAUCCUGUAUCACGAUCGACCCCUUCUAACGAAGGGGCAGAAAACUAA